GCCGCGCCGAUUCGCUUCACCCUCAGAAGAAACCAUUUUUUUGCGUUUUUUCUUAAGUAUACUCGUCGAAGUAUAUAUAGCCGACUCCCUCGCUGCUACCGGCGACGGCGGCAUUGCACUUUCCGAUCUCAAGCUCCCGCUGAUAAGGACUCUUUAAUAACUUUUACAGAAACAUUUCGUAUACAUUAUAUAUAUGGCGCCUGAUCCAAGGGUUGUAGAUGCCUUCAAUGCUAUGAAGAGCUUGGGCAUUCAUUCAUCAGUUGUUAAACCAGUACUCAGGAAGCUACUAAAAUUGUAUGGCCAAAAAUGGGAACUCAUACAAGAGGAUAAUUAUCGCACGCUUGCAGAUGCAAUAUUUGAAGAUACGGAGGAUAAGCCUCCAGACAAUGAAAAUCAUUCUAGAACAACGGAUGUGGUGGGACCUUGUAAGAAACUGAAACUGGCCGAGGAUCAGAAUUUUUCAAUGAUGAACAAUGGAAGUAUCCAUUCAGAUUUUGAAAUGUUUGAAUCAAAUCCAAAGAAUUCAUUGGUGGAUAGAGGAACAGAUCUUGUUUUCGUGGAUGAAUCUAAUCAAAUCUUGCCAAAUACUUGUCUUGCUCCAAAUAUAUCUUCAGUUGUUUCAAACACAUUGGAUAACAGUUCUACCAGACAGCCCAAACCUGCAAGACAUCAUGCAACCGAAUGCCCUACAACCAUCAACCAAGUAGGUUCACCAUCAUUUGAUUUCCGGACCAACUUGCAUAGUAUUUCUGAUAUAGUUUCGUCUUCCUGUGGAAGGGUUAAACUUUAUCUAAGAUGUGAUGGUUUCUCUGCACAACCCAACCACUUCUGUCCAUGUAUCAAUGACGUUCUAAAAUUGGUGGAGGACAAUUACACUUCAUGUAGAAGUGAUGACUUUCAGUUUUCUAUAAGGAAGAUACUAAAAGAUGUAUGUGAAGGUUAUUUGGAACUGGCUAAUAAUCCUAUUGUGAGAUUUCUUGAGGAAAAAUCCACUAACAGUUGUCUUUCCGAUAGAGAAACUGUAAGAGUGGACCAAUCUAAACGACAAUCAACGACAAAAGCUUCAAGCUCUACUUCUUCAUCUUCACUCAGUUUAGUUGCACGACCUCACCCCAUGAGUCGUUGUAAGAAAAAAGAUUUCAAGAUCUAUGAUAUAACAAAUGGUAAUGAGGCAAUGCGUAUUUCUUUGCUGGAUAGAAUUGGGAUAGGAGGACGACCUAAUUUUUUUUAUAUUAGAGAAAAUACAGUCUAUCAAAGUGCAUAUGUACAAUUUUCACUGGCUCGUAUAGCCGACGAUGAUUGUUGUGGAAAGUGUGAAGGAGACUGCCUCUCACACUCGGUACCCUGUGCUUGUGCACGUGAAACUGGAGGAGAAUUCGCCUACACAUCAGAAGGGAUUCUCAGAGAAGAGUUUCUUCGAGAUUGUAUAUCAAUGUAUCAAGAACCUCAGAAGCAUUACAGUUUUUACUGUGAAGAUUGCCCAUUAGAGAGAGCUAAGAAUACUCGUAGGCCAGAAAAGUGCAAGGGCCACCUUGUAAGGAAGUUUAUCAAAGAAUGCUGGAGAAAAUGUUGCUGCGAUAUGAGUUGCGGAAACCGUGUUGUACAGAGAGGAAUAACACGAAGAUUGCAGGUGUUCUCUACAAGUGAUGGUAAGGGCUGGGGUGUUCGAACACUCGAGGAGUUGCCAAAAGGAGCAUUCGUGUGUGAGUAUAUUGGGGAGAUAUUAACCAACAUUGAGUUGUAUGAGCGUAAUCAAGAAAGAGGUAGGAAUCAAAGGCACACUUAUCCCGUCUUAUUAGAUGCUGAUUGGGGUUCAGAAGGAGUUCUCAAGGAUGAAGAUGCACUUUGUUUGGACGCUACAUACUAUGGAAAUGUUGGCCGAUUCAUAAACCACAGGUGCUUCGAUUCGAAUUUGAUUGAGAUACCAGUUCAGAUUGAGACUCCUGACCAUCACUACUAUCAUCUUGCAUUUUUCACAAAACGAAAUGUGAAUGCAUUAGAAGAGCUAACAUGGGAUUAUGGGAUCGAUUUCAAUGAUUUAGAUCAUCCCAUCAAAGCAUUCAAAUGCUGCUGUGGAAGUGCAGGUUGUAGGGAUCGAAAAGGAAAAGGAGUUGCUACGAAAAACAAGCAGUUCAAGGAACCUGCAAGCAGGUCUUGAUGACACAUACGAAAAACACGCAGUUCAAGGAGAUGCCUUUGUUAUUCCUGAAACUUCAUCUGGUCUGGUUUUGAUUCUAAUGUUAAAAAAGAUUUUUCUUUUAAUCAAAUAGUUAGUCGACUUAGUUCCACUUAUCAUCAAAGGAGAAUGUUCAUUGGGACCACCCAUCACAAAGCAUUGGGUGCCUUCACCAAUUAGAAAAAGUUUCUAGCUGAAGAGUAAAUGUAAUGAGUAAUUCAUGGUGUACACAAAGUGUGCUCAAAGUGUGCUUACACUGUCUGUGUACACAUGCAUUUUGGCUUAAAAUUUUGUCCGUUUUUAAACAAAAAAUUGCGUGUCUACAUAGACAACUAGGU